CAACGGGCUCGCUAAGUCGCUCCCUUCAAAACUCACCAUCUCCUCUUUCUUUUUGUUUCGCUCAUUUUCCAAAAUUCCGUAACUUCCUCUUGCCUCUUCAGAGUCCAAUCUCCAUCCCUCCACAGUGCCAAUGGCUCAGAAGGUGGUCGUGAAGGUCAUGACCAUGCAUGAUGAUAAGACAAAGCAGAAGGCCAUUGAAGCUGCAGCGGAUAUCCAUGGAGUUGAUUCUAUCGCGGCCGAUCUUAAAGACCAAAAGCUAAUCGUGAUAGGACAGAUGGAUGCAGUUGCAGUAGUGAAGAAAUUGAAGAAGCUGGGAAAGGUAGACAUAAUAUCAGUUGGGCCCGCCAAGGAAGAGAAAAAGGAGGAAAAGAAAGAGGAGAAGAAGGAGGAGAAGAAAGAAGAAAAGAAGGAAGAGCCUCCCAAAGAGGAAAAGAAAGAACCGAAGAAAGAGGAGAAAAAAGAAGAAAGUAAAUAAAUCGAGCCCGGUUGUUCUAAUUCCUGUCUGUGCGAUUAUUCUCUAGGCUGAUGAGAAUGAUUAGCACGCUAAUGGAGUGAGCCUGCCUUCAAAUUUUCAGUCAAUAACAUAAACAGAUUAAUAUCAGAAGAGGUGGGCCUGGCUUUCUGGAAAAGUUAAUCAUACCUGUCGGAAGAAGAUACACGCCUCUGUAUACUGUCUAGCCGUUCAAUUAGGCAGGCGGCGUAUGGCCACUGCCUAUUUCCACCUGCAUAGUGUAGACUGUAGAUUACCCAAUAAACGGAGUAGGCUGUGGUACUCCUGAUAGAAAGUUUUGGUUUCAACUUCCCAUGAUUGCUUUACGUACGUUUGUUAAUCAUACCUACGGGCUUGUUUGGAAGUCCAACAAGUUUUUACCAAGUUUUUAUUA